AUGGACAGGAGAUUGCCCGGGAGCCCUGUGCUCUCACCUAAAAGCCCUGCAAUCUAUGAAAAGUACAAGUCAGGAUGUGCCUGGGGAUCGAUUCACUUCUUUGAUUUUUGCCAAGGUCAUUCUCAUGGGAAGCUCAUUUCUGAUAAGAAGAGCGAGAACAGGCAGGCUAAAGUCUUAAAGCUGUCAUGUCCAACUAAGUUUAAUUACACUGAUUUUUUAUCUGCAGCUGCUGGUUUUACAACGAACAGGACUAAUUUUCUCUCUAAUAAGGAGAAGGCUCAAUACAUAGAUGAUGCACUUGGUAACAAGAAUCAUGCAGUUAAUUCUAGGAAGCCAGGAGUUAAAAAAAUUAUAGAAGAAGAGACGUCUGUGACGCAUCAGAGAAAGAGGAACACAGCCAUCAGUGAAAGGAAAAAUGUACAGUUUAACCCCAAACUUAUUGGCCAUUCAAAGGACCAUAGGAAGGCAAACAAGAAUUCCAAGAAAUCCUGUCCUUUUCCUGCUCAUGGUUGUGAUGCAGCAACUGAGUGGUAUAGGAAGCCUUCUGAUCAAAAUAUGGUAGACAAAUAUUCAAACAGCAACUUUGCAUCAGUGACAGAAGCAUCUGCCAAUGAUCUGCAUAUUAACAAGGGAGGGAAUUAUAGUUGUAAAAGCAUCAGAGGUAGGAAGCAUAACCAUCACACCAAGAUUAAUCUUCAAGUUCAGAUGAAUGAAGCAGUUGAAGCUUUUACAAGUCAAAAGUUAAAUGAUGGUGAGAACCUUAGUAGAAAUGAGGUAGCCAACUGGUCUAAGAAUUUUAUAGAUGCAUUGGAAAUUUUAAAUUUCAACAAGGAAUUAUUCAUGAAACUCCUGCAAGACCCAAAUUCACUGCUAGUGAAACAUAUUCAACACUUACGGGAUUUUCAGGGAAAGAAACAACAAUCUCAAUCUUCCUCCAAAGCUAAAACAUCACAAUGUCAGCCAAAAGAAGCAGGGGAGUGUGAAGGUCCAGCACAUGCUCAAAUGUUUGAAUCCUGUGAUAGAUGCCAAUCUGAAGGAAGUGACAUGCCCCAACCUUUGAAAACAAUAGUAGUCUUGAAGGCUGGCACACAAAACUGUCCUGAUAGAAUCAGUGAUUGGCCAUCACCAAACUCUCCUUAUAGCUUGAGGAAAAAGGACAGGAGUGUUAGGCCAGCAUUCUUGUCUUUUGAACACCUGAAAUGGAAGUUGAGGCAUGCUAUGAGGGUUAACAAAAAGGAGCAGUGCCAGAUGUCCCUUGAUGAUUUUCAUAAAUCUCUGAAUGACUCCGAACAGUUCGAAGAUGGUGGUAGAGAAAUGAGCAGGCAGGCAAAUGAAAGAAUUUCUGCUAGUAAAAGUUAUCAGGAUGUUAGGAAAAUGUCCAAAUCUUCCCACAAGGUCAAUAGAAGAGAUGGGAUGUGCCAAACAGAUAACUUUGGUUCAGGCAAUGGAAGCAAAGCUGCUUCAUCUACAGAAAGUUGUCAAAGAAACUCAAAUCUGUUAACGAUAAGUCAUCUCAAAGGAAAAUUUCACCCUAGGAAACAUUUUUCAGAUAUGUUAAAUAGAGGAAAUGAAGAUUUCUCAAGAAAACAGACACAGAGAGUUAUAGAUAGGUUAAUGUCUUUGCCUGAACAUAACUUGUUGCCUAAGCUUACUCCAGGAAGGGACAAGGAACAUGGGUUUGCUUCUCCACAGAUGAGAUUUUCACCAUACAGCAAUCUUUCAACGGUUAAUGGAUAUAAAUGGCGGGUUAAGGAAGAAAAGAAGAGUGGCUGCUUAACUUCUCCCACUAAAGAUUUAGGGACACAGCCUGUGUCUCAUAAGGAGAAACCAGUUGAUCGAUUGCAAGGCGCAAAGAAAAGUAUCUCAGGUGAUCUAUCUCCUGCGACCAAAGUGCUACAAACCGUCUAUUCUCUUGGCAAUGGUUUGAGUCACAAAGUUAAUCAAACUUCUGUAUGUCAUGGGAAAGUCAUGGAAAGAAAUCAUACUGUUAGGUGGGUCGAACGCGAAAGUAAUGCCUUAGAAAUCACUUUGGAAACAAAUGGUUUGCAGAAUACCAACACCAACCAAAGAACUGAAACAGUCAAUGGAUUCGGAGUAAGUGAAAAUUUUGAAUGCUUAAAACUGCAUUCAUCUUCAGGGGAUCAAACCUCAUCUUCUUCAAUAGAUGUUUAUUCAUCAAGUCCUUUGCGUAUUCAAAGAGCAGAAGAUUCUAAUAGCAUGACUGAUAGAGCAGAAGCAGAACAGCCAAGUCCUAUAUCGGUUCUUGGGCAGUUCUUUAUAGAAGAUAACUCUAACUCUCCCAGCACUGUAUCUCUAGCAGCUGAGCCACCAGUCGAAUCAUUUUGUAUAGAUAUUGAAGAACUAUAUGCAUCUUCUCUCGUGGAAUCCCAUUUGGAUCUGAAGAGUAAUGCAGGUACUUCCAUAAAUAAGCAAGGAUCUUUGUCUAAGUGCAUAAGAGCAGUUCUGCAAAUUUCAGGUCUCAAUUGGGAUGAACUCUCUAGGAAAUGGCAUUUAUCAGAUCAAAUGCUUGAUUCAUCCUUGUUUGAUAAUGUCGAAGUAUGGCCAGAGAAGUCACGUACUGAUCGUAGGCUGCUUUUUGGCUACAUCAGUGAAGUCUUUUUGAAGAUAGAUGGGUAUUAUUUUAGAAGCUCCCCCGGGGCAUCACUUCUCAACCCAAGACCUCGACCGGGUUUGUCAUCAAAAAAUAUGGUUCAUGAGGUGUUGAAACAUGUUGAUUGGCUACUCCUCGCAGACCUGCCCCAACAAACAUUACAGCAACUUGUUGAAAAGGAUUUGGCCAAAUCUGGAACCUGGAUGGAUACCCAACUUGAUGCUGAGGAAGUUGUUAUUGAGUUAGUGGAAAGCAUUCUAGAGGAUUUGGUAGUGGAUGCUGCUUCAUGUGCUGCUUUCCAAAUUGAAUCUGUGAAAAUAGAGGCAAUUAGUGCUGGACAACAUGCUACGUACUAUGAGAGCCCUGGACAUUGUACAGAUUCAUCGUUUAGUUAAACAUCAGGCUUUUCUUGUU